AUGGGGAACAAUUUACAUAUGAAAGAAAGUUUAUUGAAACAAAAAUCUAGACAUAAUUGGAUUAAGGAAGGGGAUCUAAAUACAAGAUUCUUUCAUGGUACGUUGAACAUGAGAAGGAGGAGAAAUAAAAUAACAGCCCUAGAAACGGAUAGUGGGAGAGUGGAGGAGCCAGACUUAGUAAAGGUUGUGGCAAGUAACCAUUUUAAAAACACAUUUACUGAUCAAGGAGGUACAAGACCAUCAUUGGAUGGUAUAGAUUUCAAUUGCUUGAGUGAAGUUGAGAGUACCAAAUUAGAAGAAGUCUUUUCUAGGGAGAAAAUCAAAGAAGUCAUAUGGGAGUGUGAUGGAGACAAAAGCCCUGGUCCUGAUGGCUAUAACAUCACCUUCCUCAAGAAGUGCUGGGACAUUUUGGGUGAGGAUGUCAUUGGGGCCAUUCAAGAAUUUCACACUACUGUACAUCUUCCUAAAGUUGUGAUUGCUUCAUUUCUUGCCCUCAUACCAAAGUCCUUAAAUCCCUAA